AACCCAAACAAAUUGCGCAAAUGGCGGGAGCUCUUAGAAAUUGCGGUAGCUUGCGAACAAAUAAUGCCACAAUUUCAUUUUUGGUUGUAGCAACAAGUGAUCUUUGUGAUAAAGUUUUUGAUGCUCUACAUGUAGCAGCUAAAGAAAGAAAGUGCCGAAUUGUUGUUCAUCAAUGUGAAUUUAUUGCUGAAGUUACAAGACCAAAUUUUAAUCUUGCUGUUGAUUUUAUUGUAUUUGCAAUUGAUGGACAAGUCACACAAUCAAUAGUUGAAUUGGAAAAAAAUAUCAGUUUUGUUGAUGAUGACUAUUUUAUUUCUGGUAAAUCAUGCUUGGUUUAUUGUCAAGGAAAAUUUAAUAAUCUUGGUGUAAUUCUUUAUAAAGCACAACAAUUGGCUGAUAAAUACAGUAUUCGUAGUUUUUUAACAACAAACAUUAACGAUCUUGAUAAUUCUCUUGAAUUAGCUAAAAAAAUAUUAAAUAUAUGUGAUGGUGUAUUGAGUCUUGAGCAAGGAUUACCAAUUUUUAAUAUUUAAAACAUUUGAAUAAAUAAU